AUGGCGCGUCCGCGGCCCCGCGAGUACAAGGCGGGCGACCUGGUCUUCGCCAAGAUGAAGGGCUACCCGCACUGGCCGGCCCGGAUUGAUGAACUCCCAGAAGGAGCUGUGAAGCCUCCGGCAAACAAGUACCCUAUCUUCUUUUUUGGCACCCAUGAAACUGCAUUUCUAGGUCCCAAAGACCUAUUCCCAUAUAAGGAAUACAAAGACAAGUUUGGAAAGUCAAAUAAGCGGAAAGGAUUUAAUGAAGGAUUGUGGGAAAUUGAAAAUAACCCUGGAGUAAAAUUUACUGGCUAUCAGGCAAUUCAACAACAGAGUUCUUCAGAAACGGAGGGAGAGGGUGGAAAUACUGCGGAUGCCAGCAGUGAAGAAGAGGGCGGGAGAGUGGAAGAAGAGGGAAAAGGCAAGAGAAAGAAUGAAAAAGCAGGCUCCAAACGGAAAAAAUCAUACACUUCGAAGAAGUCCUCCAAACAGCCCCGGAGAUCUGCAGGAGAUGAAGAUGACAAGGAUCGCAAAGGAGAAGAACACAAAAGCAGCUCUGACGGUGGAGAUGCCGGCAACGACACAAGAAACACGACUUCAGACUUGCAGAAAACCAGUGAAGGGACCUAAUUUCCAGAGCGCUGCAUAUUAAGAGAAACCCCAAGAAAGCUGUACGUUUGGUUGUCUAGUAACCUUGGAGUUGAUAUGAACCUACACGUAGUCUUUGUUGUGAACGACAGACCCUGGUUGUAUGUGCAUUAUCCACAUUCCUCUCUGUUGUGUUUCAGGGGACAAAAAAGACAUUUUAGCCUUUUUUAAGGUUAUUGUUUAAUUUAAUGUUAUUUGGUUGCAUGAAGUUGCCCUUUGCCACUGAGGAUGAUGAAGACUUUUACACAGACCGACCGUGUCUAGGAUCCUUUUAAGGCAGUAUGCUCAUCAUUCUCCUGCCUCUACCCCACCAUCACCAAGCAGUUCAAUGUCAGUGCGCAUUUAAAUUGUCACUCAAUGUUUAGGGAUGGGAUUUCCGCUCUGGCAGAACCAACCUAGGACUUAAUUCCUAGAUACAUAAUGUUGGUAUAUUGACCACCAAUUUUAAAUGAUCCUUCAGUUUUGAGGCCAUGUAUGUGUAAAGUUUAACCAUAUUGUAAAAUAUCUAUUCUGUAUUAGAAAUAGCGAGUUGAGAGCUUAUACUUCU